UGUUGUUUUUACUGAGGUCUGCUUCACAAUUCCCACCACGCUGCCAGUCAGUGGAUAGUGCAAAUUUUCGGCCAGCCACAUACACAGAAAAAAGGAAGAAUCCUAGGCAAAUGUUACGCUGGGUAUAGAGUUUUAAGAGACCAGACCCAACUGAUACUCCUGUACAUAGGUCUCAGGGAUGACAGAUUGGUCUUUCUUGGAGCGUGUGCUCGGGCAGGUCAAUGAGCACUCGACUGGUGUUGGGAAAGUCUGGUUGACAGUGCUCUUCAUAUUCCGGGUGAUGGUACUGUGCUCAGCUGCAGAGACAGCCUGGGAUGAUGAGCAGUCUGAAUUUCUCUGCAACACGCUACAACCUGGUUGCCAACUUGUGUGCUAUGAUCUUAGCUUCCCCAUCUCCCAUUACCGGUACUUUGUGCUGCAGAUCAUUUUUGUCUCCACACCCACACUCAUCUAUCUUGGGCACCUUGCAGUACGGGCAAGCCGAAAGAAGAAAGAGCAGCAAGAGAAUGGCGUGGAAGGAAAUGAGGAGGCAGUGGGAUAUGGAGAGUCAAAAAGGGAUAUGCAGGAACAUGAAUUUCAGAAUGUUCCCAAACUGAAAGGAGCUUUAAUGAUCACCUACACUAUAAGUAUUGUCUGCAAAGUAAUCUUGGAAGCUGGCUUCAUGCUGGGGAUGUGGUUCCUGUAUGGUUUCUUUAUUCAGCCUCGCUAUGAGUGCCAAGGAUUUCCGUGCCCUUACAAAGUGGACUGCUUUGUUUCUCGACCAACUGAGAAAACCAUUUUCACCAUCUACAUGCAAGUACUUGCACUGAUCUCUCUUGUGCUUAAUGUCAUAGAGCUCUUUCAUUUACUUGGCAAGACAAUGGUAAGGAGAGCGAUUAAAUACUAUGAAAAUCAGAGUGCCCUUCAGGUUUACAAGAGACCAGUAGUUUAUGAGCCCACUCUGAAUUAUAUGGAGAAUGCCCAGCUCUGCUUACCAAUGGCUAGUGCCAGUAACCAUAGCCAUUUUAGUGAUCCAAAUAUUAAUUUCAAACCACAAGAAAGUGGUACGGAUUCAGAAAGAAACGACAGACAACAGAGGAAUAUUGAGUCCAAAUCUGACCAGCUCCCAGGAUAUCCAGGGUAUCUAGAAGAGCACAAUGAAAAAGAAAUGGCAUCGGGGAGACUAACAGAUAGCUCUGAAGGACAGAGAAGGCACUAUGUAUGAAAGUCCAGUGACAGUGAAAAAUCAAAUAAGUCUAAAAUAGGGAAACAUAAAGAGUAUUUCCUUCAGAAGUAAGGAAAUCAUCAGGCAAGGGCUUGAAAUGAGACAAGGAACGUGGAUUACAAGUGACAUCUACCUGGUGAUCGCAGUCUGUAUGCCCUCCACUGCCACAGAGGCACAGGGAUGAGACCAGUCAAGGCAAGUGGGAAACUCUUCAAUACAGUAAAGCACCAAGAGUCAUGGCAGUGGACACCGCAAUCUGCUUUCAUGUCGAAGCAAAAUUUUAAACAUUUCUAAAGGACUGUGAAAUACUACUGUGAUAUUUAUUGUUAAAAUAAAUCUAAACUAUUCUACAAGGUAGGGCCAACACAUGGAACAAAUAAAAACAGUGAAAGGAGGAUCUAGUAAUUUCAAAACAAGAUAUGGAACUGUAUCAGGAACCUGGAAAUGUUUACCACAAACUAAGUAUUUUUUAUUAAACUGAUUUUUUAAACAUGGCACUGUAUAUCAAUGCAGUUGAACAGACAGUGUUGGUACUAAGGAAAAUCCAAAUAUGCUGCACUAAGGUUUUAUAAUGUAGCUGCCUUAUUGUUUUUAUUGAUUUGAUCAGUUUAACAUUAAGGUUUUACAGAUCAUCAAUAAACAAAGCACAGUUAAUUAAAUGGUAAAGGGGUGGAGUUAUUUAAGGUGAAUUACAAAUAUGUCAAUAAAUCGGUUGUAAAUUUUCCAGGAGACAAAUAAUAUAAUGAGGAAAGAUACAUUUCUUUUUUUACUAUUUAAAUCUGUGGUUUAAAUGAGGAUGGGAUGGAGAUAUGGUAAUAACUGCUUCUUAAGAGACGUUUGUUGGUCUGGUCAUUGCCUGUAUGGAGACUAAACAUCCAGCCUCCCUGUGUCUUUUUGGCUUUUCUCCAGUUUUUCAGUUAACUUCCAUGUUUUAGAAACUUGCGUCUUAGAUUAAUUGGUGUGAUUCUGAGCAAGAGUGAUCUGUGAUGAACUGGCUUCCUUUUAGGGUGGGAUCCUUGCCAAACCUGCUAUGACCCUGUAAUGGGAUUAUCUGGUUCAGAUGGAUUAGUGGAUGGAUGAUUUAAACAAAUUUAGAACAAUAUCUAGAGAGUUACUGUUAUGUUGUUAUACAGUAGUAGGUUUAUACAUAGUAAAGCCGGAAAAGUUUGAAGUUCAUUUAUAGAGACUAGAGGGAUUUGCA